CAGGGGCGGACUGACAACUCAUGGGGCCCCCGGGCAAUAGGGGAUCAUGGGUCCCCUGUGUCUUUGCCCAAACUCAAAAAAGCCUAUGAAAAAGGUACCAGGGGAACCCCAUGGGGCCCCCUACUGACCCCGGGCCCUCAGGCAGUGCCCGAGUUUCCUAAUGUUCAGUCCGCCCCUGGGCGGGACUGAGCCACACAGAGGCGGCUCAGGAGCAAGCACACAUGAGGGCCCUCACCGUCUAUGGCCUGCAUUAUUCAUUGGUCUCUAACUGCCUGCCAUUUUUGCAAACUAUCAUGUUUUAUUUUAUCUCUUCAUAUACUG